CAGACUUUCCGACCAGAGGAGAAAAAGGGAGAGGAGGAAGAAGAGAUACCGUAGAGGAGUCUCCAUCUUCGCCAUUCCAAUCAUGACUCUGGAAGACGGCUUCUGAAUUCCUGUUUGGUAUAAAGACUCUUCAGCUACAGGACCAGUGCCACACCGAGCUCCGACCAGAUGGAGGUGAAUGCGGUUAAGAAACGCCAUCGCACACGAUCCAAAGCAGUCAGAGUGACACAGGAGUUAUUCAGCUGUCCCACUCCAGGCUGUGAUGGCAGCGGUCACGUCAGUGGGAAGUACGCCAGACACCGCAGCGUCUACGGCUGCCCGCUGGCCAAGAAGAGGAAGGCUCUGGAAAAACAACCACUGGAGCCGGCUGCCAAGAGGAGGCCCUUCCUCACCUCCUGCACGGGGGAGGAGGAGGAGGAGGACGCCGGCGCCUACACCAUCUAUGAGAACGAAGCCAUCGAGGAAGGGAAGGAGCAAGGGGAGGUAGUGGAGGAGGAUGAGGAGGAGGAGGGAGAAGGAGACGAAGACGGCGAUGUGGAGGACGAGUUCUCGGAGGACAACGAGGAGCAGGGUGAGGAGGAAGAGGAGGAGGAGGAGGAAGAAGAAGAAGAGGAUGUAGAGGUGCAGAGGGCAGAUACGACAAUGGGAGGAAGGCAGGCGGAGGAGGAAGAGGAGGAUGAGGAGGAGGGGAUGUAUGAGGAGGAGGACGAAGUGGAAGAUGGGGAUGAUGAGGAGGAGCAGGAUGAUGAGGGAGAGGAAGAUGAGGACGAGGAAGAGGAGGAGCAGAAUCGUCAGCAUGUAGAAAAUCACUACAAACCCAGCGGACAAUCCAAGCUCGUUCCAAUUCAGAAGGACGACAACAACAAUAACAGCUGCACCAUCGGCGCAGGUAACGGCACCGGAGAGGAUUACGAGAACUACGACGAGCUGGUCGCCAAGUCGCUGCUCAACCUGGGCAAGAUCGCCGAGGACGCGGCCUACCAGGCCAUGACCGAGUCAGAGAUGAACAGCAACUCCUCCAACAGCGCUGGCGAGGACGAAGACGACGACGAGUACAGCAAUCACGGUGACCGCAAGGGCGAACUGAGCGUGGACCUGGACAGCGACGUGGUCAGGGAGACGGUAGAUUCCCUGAAGCUCCUGGCGCAGGGACACGGAGCCAUGCUGCCCGAGGACGGCUACCCGGACGGCGCCAUGGCGGAGGACAUCGGCCACGCCAACGGGAGGCCCGGGGCGGGGGUUAGGGCUCGGGCGGAAGAGAGCGAGGAGGAGGUGUGUCUCAGCAGUCUGGAGUGUCUGAGGAACCAAUGCUUCGAUCUUGCUCGGAAACUGAGCGAGACACAGUCGUGUGAUCGGAAGCCGCAAUAUUCGAGAGGCUGAAAACAGCAUCAGAGUGCACAGGAGGAGCACAGGUCUUUGGAACGCAGCUACUCGGACAUGGUGAACCUGAUGAAGCUGGAGGAGCAGCUGAGCCCGGGGUCCAGAGGUUAUCCAACCAGCUGCAGCCAGGAGGGAGACGAAGACACCACGUCGGUGGCCUCCGACCGCUCGGACGAGACCUUCGACAUGGCCAAGGGAAACCUGUCGCUGCUGGAGAAGGCCAUCGCCCUCGAAUCGGAGCGGGCGAAGGUCAUGAGGGACCGCAUGGCCUCGGAGCACUCGUUGCCACGCCGGGAUCACCACCGUCAUCGAGGCCACGGCGAGCAUACCUCGAGGAUGAGCUGCGCUGGCGAGGAGCGCAAGUCCAGGAUGCACCAUGACGGGUUAAAGAGGGCGUACUACCCUAAAGACUCUUCCAGGGGGGAGAAGAAGGAGAGCAAGUGUCCGACGCCGGGCUGUGACGGGACUGGCCAUGUUACGGGUCUGUACCCGCACCACCGCAGCCUGUCCGGGUGUCCUCACAAAGACCGAGUCCCGCCUGAGAUCCUUGCCAUGUAUGAGAAUGUUUUAAAGUGCCCCACUCCCGGCUGCUCUGGACGCGGUCAUGUCAAUAGCAACAGGAACUCGCACCGCAGUCUGUCCGGCUGUCCCAUCGCUGCGGCAGAGAAGAUGGCGAAGGUCCACGAGAAGAUCCUCCCGACUGACAGCGGCAGUAAGACCAAUCAGACGUCAGACCGUGUUCUAAGGCCAAUGUGUUUCGUCAAGCAGCUGGAGAUUCCUCAGUACGGAUACAAAACCAACGUUCCCACCAGCACGCCGCGCUCCAACCUGGCCAAAGAGCUGGAAAAAUACUCCAAGACGAGUUACGACUACGGCGGCUACGACGGCCAGCAUGGCGGCUACGGGAAGAGAGGCCCGACAACCAAGUCCCACCACGGGCGAGACACCUCCCCGAAGGGAUACGAUGCUAAGCGCUACUGUAAGACGUCGAGCCCGGCCAGCAGUACGACCAGCAGCUACGCUCCCAGCACCAGCAGCAGCCUGAGCUGUGGAGUUGGAGGCGGCAGAGGAGACGGAGGAGGAGGAGGAGGAGGAGGAGGAGGAGGAAGCAGCGCCAGCAGCACCUGCAGUAAAAGCAGCUUCGACUACACCCACGACAUGGAGGCGGCCCACAUGGCGGCCACAGCCAUCCUGAACCUGUCGACCAGGUGCAGGGAGCUCCCGCACGCUCUGGGAGGGAAACCCCAGGACCUGCUGACACAGGUAAGUCCGGUUGGCGACCUGGAAGACAGCGGUGCGGUGGACGUGGCCGGUCAGCCCGGCGGUCCGGAGGACAGCGGGACGGUGUUAACCCCCCUGCAGCCGAUGUCGCCCCAGCGGCAGGCUCUGCUCAGCAGCCGCUGCUACCAGCUGAGCGACGCCGACUGCUGGGACCUGCCCGUCAACUACACCAAGAUCAAACGGCUGGGGGACGAGCAGGACCACAAAGAGGUAACGGGAAGCGACGAGCUGGAUCCCUUCCAGGAGCUGCUGGACGAGCAGCGCUACCCGGCCGAGGUCACCAUGCCCAGCCCCAAACACCACAAGUACCCACCCUGCAAAGAGAGCAAGAAGGAGCUCAUCACUUUGUCAAGCUGCCAGCUGGCCGACAAGAACAUCCGCGGGAUGAUGACACCCAACCCACAAGAACUCAGGUGUCCGACCCCCGGCUGCGAUGGAUCCGGACACAUCACUGGAAACUACGCCUCCCACAGGAGUCUGUCCGGUUGUCCACGAGCCAAGAAGAGCGGCAUCAAAAUCCUCCAUAGCAAAGAGGACAAGGACGACCAGGAGCCAAUCAAGUGUCCGGUGCCGGGCUGUGACGGACAGGGACAUGUGACAGGGAAGUACGCCUCCCACCGCAGCGCGUCAGGUUGUCCCUUGGCGGCAAAGAGGCAGAAGGACAGCUAUGUCAACGGCUCGCAGUUUGUCUGGAAAUCUGGCAAGACGGACGGCAUGAGCUGCCCAACCCCAGGCUGCGACGGCUCGGGACACGUCAGUGGGAGCUUCCUGACGCAUCGGAGUCUCUCCGGUUGUCCCCGUGCCACCUCGGCCAUGAAGAAAGCCAGGAUGAGCGGUGUGGAGAUGCUGACAAUCAAGCAAAGAGCAAGCAAAGGCAUAGAAAACGAUGAAGAAAUCAAACAGCUGGAUGAAGAAAUCAAAGAUCUGAACGAGUCAAACACUCAAGCGGAGUCCGACAUGAUAAAACUGAGGACACAAAUCACCACCAUGGAGACCAACCUGAAGUCCAUUGAAGAGGAGAACAAGGUGAUCGAGCAGCAGAACGACUCGCUGCUGCACGAGCUGGCCAACCUCAGCCAGUCACUCAUCAACAGCUUAGCUAACAUCCAGCUUCCACACAUGAGACCGCUGCCACAGAAAGAGGCCCCAGUAAAGCAUAACUGCUGUUUACAGAUGCCUCCCAGAGAGCCAAUGAAUGAACAGAACUUUGACACUUAUGUGAGUACAUUGACAGACAUGUAUACUCACCAGGACCAGUACCAGAGCCCGGAGAACAAGGCGCUGCUGGAGAACAUCAAACAGGCAGUUCAGGGUAUCCAGGUCUAGCCCUGAUUGAGGCCAAAAUAACAAAUGCAAAGCAAAAACAACAACAACAAAAAAGUCAAAAAAAAAAAAGGGGAAUGGGUUGUUUUUUGCUGCUGUAAUCUACAAUAGUUCUUUUAAUUCUUCUGCUGUUAUGCUCUCAACUCCAUGGGUAUCUCUUUUUUUAUUGUUUAUUUGUCGUUGCCUUGCUUUGAAAACAAUUACCAACGUUUAAAACGAACAUUCACGUUUUGUACAUUUUCAUAUGACCUAAU